AUGAUAAUUUCAAUUUCCGUUACUUCUACUUUCUUAAUAAUAUUACUUUAAGUAGUUAAAAUAUAAGCUGUAGGAUGUCCUUUUAGAUUAGAUGGAUGCACAAAUUAAGACUUAAGGGUGAAACAGAUUUUGUUACUAAAAUCUAAUCCUUAAAGUGAUGACUAAGAUAUAGCAGCUGUAGUUUACGAUCCUUUCACUGUUGGAAUUUUUAACUUUGAAAUUAAUAAUAAUUCAAAGUUAUUGAGCAGUAGAAAAAUGUUGUCUUCUACUAAAUUGAUAAGGAUGACAGGCCUCAACUAUAAGCAUCCAUUAUUCAUACUUUGGAUGCGAAUGGUAGAGUAAUAGAAUGGAAUUCAGGUAAUGGAUUUAAAUAAAAUGUAGUAUAAAUACCAAAUAUUAUUACAAUAUAACCUAAUUCGUGUCUUAAUUCUGAAGAAAUGCUAGUGUUAACAUGGGAUAAUUCAAAGAUUUAUAUUAUCGAUUUCUCUUAACAAUAGAACAUCCAGAAAUAACAACUUAUUUACGAUUUGGGAAAUAAAAUCACAAAAAAUAAUUUAUAUCCCAGAUUUUUAGAAAAUUUAUUGCGAUUAGAGAGAUUCAAAUAAUACAAAAGUUGAUGAAGUUAUAAAUUUUAAGUUUGGCUCAAUAAAUGAAAAAGAUGAAAUUGCAGUAGUGUCUGAUUCUUAUAUUUUUGUGUAUUCAAUAUUAUAGAAAAAACCUAUCAUUUUCAAAAGCUAAAAUUUAGGGUUAAGUUGGAUUUAAGCAUUUGUUGUUUAAAAUAGUGUAAUCCUUAGCCAAACUUACUCUGUUUCUAGCAUUGAUAAAAGGACAUCAAGAAUUAAUUAUUUAAUGAAUUACUUUUCUAAUGGAUAAUCUAUCUAUGAUAUACCAGUUUAGCUAGAAGUAGAUAAUGAAUUGAACAGAGUAAUAUAUAGCGAUUUCAAAGGAAAUUUGUAAAUUUGGUCUUAAAUUAACAAUCAAUAAGAGUAAUUUAUUUCAAAAUACGGUUAAUCAUUACUUUUCAUUAUAGAUAAAUAACUUAACAAGAUGGUUUUAUACACUAAUGCUACAAUAUAGACGAAUAUUUAUAUCUAUGAUUACCAAGAGAUAAAGCUAUUAGAUACUUUAUCAUUUCCUUACUAAAACACUUAAUUAUUAGAUAUAUUUUAAUUAUACCAAGACAAAACAAAUGGAUAUUUGUUAGGUUUCGAUUAAGGAAAUACAAAUUAUGCCAUUUACAGAUUUACGAGUGAAUCUAGUUAUCCUAUUCUUUAUAGUUGUACUCUAAUUAAAAAUGGCAUUAUUACAAAUUCUAAUAUUUACUUGUUAGAAUAGUCUAAAUAGUUUUUAGUUUAAAUAGCACGAGUUUUGUAUUUGUUUAGCUAUUUACCAGAAAACGGAAAUUAACUUACCAGUUUCAUUAUAGCUGGAUAAAAUGUUUAAUUUUCUUUCUUUUAAUAUAUCGAGUCAGUUUAAACACUGAUAUGCGUUCAAGAGACAUAUAUAUAAAUUUAUUAUUAUAGUAGUGGUCAAUUUAAUUUAUAAAAUCUAAUAAAUUAUUAUUCCGGACAAAGUAAUUCAAUAUUCUUAGCAGAAGCAUAAAACACUUUGAUCAUUUAGAGAACAUCUUAACUCUUUUUUAAAAACUACUUAACUUAAAACGAUUAAAUGAUAAAUUUUAAUAAUCUUUAAAUACUAUAUUAUUAAUACGAUGCCUCUAAAGCACUUUUAAUAUGCUUAGAUAGUAGCUUUACAAUUACUGUAAUAGAUUUGGUUGCUAUAAAAUCUUUAUAUCAUAUAUAAAUUGAAGAGAAUAAAAUAGCAAUCUUCAAUAUACAAGAAGAUACGAAUUUCAUAAUAAUUAGUUAUUAUAAUGGUCAAAUCUUAAUUUAUGAUUAUUAAGCUAAUGUUAUUGUUUCAACUUACAAUAAUUAUUAACCCAGUUUACUCUUUAAGUUUGAUAAAUCUAACAAUAAUUUAAUACUUUAAUCUUAACUAGAAAUUUCUUCAAAAAGAUUGACAAAUCUUGGUCUAAUCAGUCAGAUAAAUAAUGAUUCACUUUAAUAUUUUUGGGUAGAUGAAAUGACUGGACUAACUUUUAUUUUAACUGAUUAAAUUAUUAUUAUUUAUAAUCCGUUUUCAUAAGAGUAUCUUCCACAAUUUUCUGUAGAUUUUGACUUUUCUUUUAUAUAUGCUCUAUAUUAUAUCCCUCAGUUAGAUUUUCUUUUUAUAGCAUAUUGUGACUACUAAGUAAAUUAAGUAUUUGCUUACAAACUAAGCUCUUAAACACGUAUAGCUACUAUGGAUCAUAAUAUUAAACAUUGUUACUAUGUCUCUACCUUGUAUUAUGACAGCUACUCUUAAAGACUUUUUUCUGGAUGCGCAUAUCCAGCAAGUAUAAUAGUUUGGGACCUAAAUAACUUUUAAAUGAUUAAGCUCCUUGAUAAAAUACUUUAAGCAUCGGUUGUUGAAUCAAUUAAGUUUUAUCCUCAAAAAUAAAUUAUUUUGAUGAGUGGUUAUAAUUGGUGGGGUGUUACUGUAGAUUAUUACACACUAUAGGAAAGAUGCUAAGUAAUGGGUAUAUUUGGAGAAUUUGAUUAUAGUCAUAAUUUACAAAUUUUAUGGGAUCAAAAUGGAGAUUAUCGUAUAUUUGAUUUAAAUUGCUAUUAAAUAGCAUUUUAGCAUGCUCACACUGGGUGGAUUCAAUAGCUCUUAAUAGAUGAAUCAAAUAUGUAUCUGACAACAUUAGGUUUUGAUUAGUAUGUUAAAUUAUGGAACUACUAAAAUAUUACUUAGCCUAUAUUAAUAUCUUAACGCUUUUUAACUUAUUCCCUAACAUAUGGUUUGUUAGAUAAUGAUAACAAUUUGGUUUUAGUAGUAGAUUUCUAGGGUUUUAUAUAUAUAUUAUCUUAUCCUGAUUUAAAUCUUCUCAAAGCAAUUUAAGCAACUUUUGCUUAAAUAGAUAUGAUUUAUUUGAUUAAACCAUUUAAUCUUAUUGCUAUAGGUAGUUAUGAAUCUUAUUGUUUUUCAUUUUAUAAUCUUUUUGAAUUAAUUUCUCCAAAUUAAAAUGAAUUAUAUUUUAGAUAUGAAGGUAUUUUAUCUACUUUAAUGACUGAUCAAGGAGUAAUAUUCCACUAACUUGGAAAUAUAGUUUAAUCUUGGAAUUAUUCUACUUAAUAAUUAAUAUAUGGGUUUUUUGUAAACAGUUAGUUUGAAUCUUUCGAGGCAGAAAGUAGAUUUUUAUCUUUGAGCAGAUAUUAAAACUUAGCGGCUCUUUUUACAAGGGAUUAAACGAUUUUCUUCAAUACCAACACUUUAGAUAUAAUUAAUGUGCAGCAAUUAAAGUGUAUGAAUAGUAUUUAAAUCUAAAUAUUUUUAAUUUGCGCCUUAACUAAUAAACUUACUGUAUUUAGUCUAGAUAGCUUUUCUAUUUAUUAAUAAAUUGUACUUAAUCCAAACUAAAGCAUUAUAUCAUUGCAGCAAAUAUUUCAAACUGAUUCUUUCUUUGCGAUAACUACAUAAGGAGAAAUCGUUUGUUAUUUAAUUUAAUCAAAUUAGUUUUUGAACAAAUUUUAAACCAAAAUACUAAAUCAAGCUAUUGCUAAUUAUUAAUAGAUCUAAUAAAAUGAAUUUUACAUUAUUUUAGCCUCUGCUUUUGAUGGAAGUUUUGGAUACAUUUAAAUUUCAAUAGAUUUAAAUACUAUCAAUAAAUUUGAUUUUAAUCUUCCUGGCUAAAGUUCUCAUGCUCACAAAAUAAUAUAUUUUAACAAUAAUCUGUUCAUAAAAAGGAUUUCAGACUACUAUUUAGGUUUAUAUAACAUAAACACUAUGAAUUAAAUUACUUAGAUUAAAAGUCCAUGUGUGGGUUAUACAUAUAAACUAGAUUUCAGUUAAGAUUAUGAUUUAAUUUUACAGAGCUGUGUAGGAAAUUAUAGAAUUAAUUAGCUAUCCACAUUUUAAGAUAUAGUUUAUGUGUUGUAUUCCAUCAGUAAAAUAACUAAAGUUUAACUUCCAAUCUAAGGAGAUAAUAGCUGCAAAGAAAUAUUAUCUUAUAACUAAAUAUCAGAAGUCUUGCUUUCAAUUUAAGAUGUGUAUUAGUAAAUUUCAAAUUAUUUUAAAAUUGAAGAUAUGGUAUUUACUUUAAUUGUAGAUAAAUACACUUACUUAUAGCCUUUAUCUCCUUUUACCUUUUCACAAAUAACUCAGUUAAGUAUAAUGUCUGAUCCUGACUAAAAUACUAAAAAACUUUAACAUAUAAUCAUCAAAAUCUGA